UUGACAGUAGCCUUAAAGAGCGCUCAGGGCCGGAGUCCAUACAGGUUGGGGUCUCUUGAAGCAUUCAGAUAGUCAGAGUUAGUGACUGUUAGUGGGUUUCUGUUUCUUUUCCGAUGGCUGCUGCUGAAUCAGACUCCAAAUCUCUUUUCUCUCUGGACUCCUACCAUGUCUCUGAGGAGCUCGGCUUCAUCCUCCCUGAUCCUCUGGAAGAGCUUCCACUUUUCUACCAGCCAUGGAUGGAUAUUGCUCUGCAAGUCCCAGAGCUUGUGCACUCUCAUGAGUUGCGCUCCCACAUUAACAAGAUGCCGCUGCUGAGCAGCCAGUUUCUGCAGAAACACCGGGAGUUACGACUGGCCCACCUGGCCCUCAGCGUGAUGACCAUGGGCUACGUCUGGCAGGAGGGAGAGAACAACACAGUGGAGAUGCUGCCACAGAGCCUGGCGGUCCCAUACUGGGAGGUGUCACAGCGCUUAGGACUUCCUCCAAUUCUCACCCAUGCAGAUGCAGUGCUGGCUAACUGGAGGAAGAAAGAUCCAGAGGGACCUUUUGACAUGAAGAACCUGGAGCUGCUGGUCACCUUGCCAGGUGGAGACAGCGUGCGAGGUUUCUUUAUGGUUACUCUGCUGGUGGAGCUGGCAGCAGUCCCUGCACUGAGGAACAUUCCCACUGUGAUCAAUGGUGUCAGGAGCGGAGACAGCGAGGCUGUAGCCAGAGCUCUGGAGGACACCAGUCAGUCUUUACAGGACAUGACUGAUGCACUCAAACUGAUGCACGCGUAUGUGGAACCUUCGGUCUUCUACGGCAUUAUGAGGAUCUAUCUGUCUGGCUGGAAAGACAACCCCUGUAUGCCAAAUGGAUUGGUUUAUGAAGGGGUCCAGGUGGAGCCGAUGGAGUAUUCAGGUGGGAGCGCUGCACAGAGCAGCCUGCUGCACUGCUUUGAUGAACUUCUGGGGGUCAAACACGAAGCAAAAAGUGGUGCCUUUCUAACCCGCAUGAGGAACUACAUGCUACCUGCACACAAGCAGCUGAUCCAGGACAUCUCGAUGCAACCCUCGCUCAAGAGUUUUGUCCAGCAGAAGGCCAGCGAACGGCUGAACCAGGCCUUUGAGCACUGUGUCACAAAAUUGUUGACUUUGCGCAACUACCACAUCAAUGUAGUCAGCCGCUACAUCACUGUACCUGCUGCCCGUGCCAGGCAACUUCGAAACCAGAGCCAGGACUCAGGCGGGGAGGUGAUCAGCAGAGCACCCACAGCGUUAGAGGAGAGGGGCACCGGGGGCUCUGGCAUCAUGUCCUUCCUUAAGACUGUGCGGGACAAAACAAAAGACGCCUUGCUGCAUGAGACAAGCAAAGAAAUGAAGCACCACAGCUGAUGUGAGUUGUGAAAACUGAGGAUAUACAGCAGACUGUCAACUACAUAACAAAACGCAGGCUUAUCAUAUCAUGAAGAAAUAACUUUCUCAGUACUUGUGCACAUACAUUUGGGUAUCUCAGACAAUCCACAAAUUGUGAUAACCCACCAAGUUCUUUGUGGGAUUUCUGGGUUGUCACAGUCAGAAUUGGCUCCCCAUCCUAUGUUAAAUACAUACACACGUUUGCCCAUAAAGUUGGAAUCAUUUUGUUUUCAGACACAAUCCUCUGUUAAUUGUGGUUUCAUUUUCAUUGUGAUCUGUUUAGAAGAGAUUGAUUAAUACAGAUUUGAGAAGAUAUACACGUUAUCUGUCAAAAAUAAAUCACAUUGUCACAAUCAUUUCAUGAAAAGAGGUAAAAAAAAAAAGUAUUCCAACUUUAUAUGCGACCGUGUAUAAGGAUACCACCUCCCUCCUAAACAUUACCUGAGAACUGCCAAGGCAAAGCAUAUUUUUCUGGGCUUUUUCGCGAGGUGGACUUAAAAAUACAGGAAAUAAAACAAAGCGUUUCAUACAGAAGGUGAAUCCAGGUAUAUUCAAACAGCCAAUAUGAGAAAAAUAUUGUGUUUUUGAUUAUUAAAGCAUUUUAACAUGUUCAAGUAGAAACCAAGAAUGCAACCUGAAAAUUAUCAUAAUGCCACCUUUAACACACUAAUUUAAAUGUCAUUAAACUGAUGCCUUGUGGCAGAAUGAGAGUCAGAGGCCUCCAUCGCUCGUCUUUCAUGUAGCUUUGUGUCUGUAAAUGAACCUCAGUUUAAUAGACAUGAGUGAUAUCCGUCAUUCAGUCCAAACCAUAAUUCAAAACAUUGCUGUUACUUUCCCUGAAAUUCAACCACUAAUUCCAUCUUCAAUGUGGACUGGAAUGCAAAAAAAAACAUGCAUCAUAUCUGCUCCAGACCCACGUAUCUAGAGGACAUUUGGACAUUAGACAAGAGAAGUCAUUGCUAAACCCACUUACUAUUUGGAAAGUGAAUUUGAGUUUCAGUUAUAAUGCAGUUUAGAAAUAUAAAGAAGGUUUGACUUCUGAAGAUGUAGCAACGGUUAUUUUAACGUCUCUGUUUUACCCACUAUGUUACUGGUUUAAAAGUAGGAAUAAUAAUUGAGAGAAGCUGUCAAAAAUGAUAAUGUGAAAAAAAUCAAAUACUGCAAUACCUUGUGAAACCAUGGUAGGGCACUAAAGGGUCGCAUUAUAAUUCACAUCAAAAUAUUUCACAAGGUUUGCCUUUCAAAAAGCUAAAACAGUGGGCAAUACCUGCAGGCAUGCAGGCCACUGAUUUAGCCUUGUCACAAACAAAACGCACCUGAUGAAAUAAUGUAUUCAUCAUUAAUAAUAGUAAUUUGAAGAGGUGUGAAAAGCACAACCUGCCUGACACACUAAAGUAUCGACAGGCUGGAACCUGACCUUUCUCAGAAAAUAAUAAGCCUUUGUUGCGUCUUUACAGCGAACUGUGUCCUCACAAUGGGGUUGUCAUGUCAAAGUACAAUGCACAAUGCAGUGCAGAGAUGCAUCACUUAUCAGAGUGGUUACCUCAGCACUCCUGCCACCCUCCUCCAGCCCACAUCCAGCCCUCACAUGCCCCGCUAUACUUCCUGGACGAAGAGUGUGGAAAACCCAGAGCAAUGAAGGGAUGGAUUGUGCCAUGAAUGGCUCACGCUGUGUAAUCUUCACCUUUGCUGGCACGUCUCCAUCGGUGUUUCAUUACAAUAACAGCCCUGCAAGAUCAGAUAAGGCAGACGAUGUGGCAAUUAGACAUGACAAUUCCCCCCAACCUGAGCGAUCUAUUUUAUCUUGCCCUCUUUCUUCUCACAUGCUGGGUAGCAGGGAAGACAAUGGAAGAGCAAAUGAGAAAGAAAACAAUUACACAUGAAGCCUGGCGAGAUUUUAGUGUGAUUGAUGUUAAAGGUUUUUGGAGUGUGUGUAUGAAGACGGAUGUUUUAAGCUGUUUUAUUGUGAUUGAUGUACAGCAAACACAUUAAAAAGUGUAGUCACUG